AUGGAGGAAGUUAUGAAGAGACUCGAGCAAGAGAAGACAUCUGCUCUGGAUGAGGCCGCUACACUCAGGAAAAGUCUCUCCGAACUAGAAAACAACACAGCAUCCAGGUGUACCCAAAGUAAUAACACUAUCACAGCAUUACAAACUGUACUUGAAGAGCUGGAGCGUGAAAUCAGUGAAAAAAACGAUGCCUUGCAAAGACUGACCGCGAGUAUCGACAAUCAGUCCAUCAGCAAGUCUGAAAUGGACCAGAUCUUGAGCGAGAAGGAGCAGAAGGUGAGCGGGCUUACCUCGGAGCUCGAAAGUUGCAACAAACGACUUGGGGAGAUACAGGAGCAACUUGCCUUAAAGAUACAAGAGUGCGAGCAGCUAACCAUAGAGCUAAAGCAGCAACAGAGCAUCGCAGAGAAUGAAAAGAAAGUGUUGGUGGAACAGUUACAGCAGACGCAAAUGCAGUGCACGAAAAAUGGAAAUGUGGAGCAGGAAAUGAUGGAGAAAUUGCAUUCACUCAAAGAGGACAAUGAAAAGUACAACCUGGUGCGGACAUCCUCCCGGGAAUCGCUGACACCUUUGGGGGAAAGCGAGCCGCUGGGUGCCCCCUCUUACGACCCUCCGUCCGACAUUGAGAGUGAGGCAGAGGAGCCGCCGGGAAGUGCAGAGUCCUUGUCCAAAGACCAGCUGCUGCACAGACUUCUGCAGGUGGAGAGCAGCCUGGGGAAGUACAGGGGCAAGUACUCAGAGCUUGUGACUGCAUACAGAACGGUUCAGCGAGACAAAGAAAAAACACAGGCCAUCCUAAGUCAGAGUCAAGAUAAGGCACUGUGCAGAAUUGGGGAGCUGCGGGAGGAGCUACAGAUGGACCAACAAGCAAAGAAGCACUUACAAGACGAGUUUGAUGCUGCACUGGAGGAGAAAGACCAAAUGAUCACGGUUCUCCAAACACAGGUCUCAUUAUUGAAGAAGCGCGUCAAAGGUGUUUCAGACGGUACUGCGCUGCCCGAGGGUGAAGUCUCACUAUCGGAAGAUUCAAACUCUGCCCCAAAGAGUCCACCUAAUGAGCAGGAAGCAGAGACAGAAGUGACAGAGGAAGGGGGCAACAGUGAUCCGUCCAAACUGAUGGAGGCUUUGCAGAAGAGAGUGAAGCGGCAGGAAAACCUCCUGCAGAAGUGUAAAGAAGUGCUGAGGACUCACAAAGAGCGCAGCGCACAACUCGGCAGUGAGAAUGAAACUCUCCAAGAACAGCUGCAGGAGAGGCUGCAGGAGCUGGAGAAGAUGAAGGAGUUGCACACAACAGAAAAAACCAAGCUCAUAAACCAGCUGCGCGACGCUAAGAACCACAUCAAACAGCUGGAACAAGACAAGGGAAUGGUUAUAGCCGAAACAAAACGACAGAUGCACGAGACGCUUGAAAUGAAGGAGGAAGAGAUUGCACAGCUUCGGUCGCGGCUUCAACAGACCACCACUCAAAAAGAAGAGGUGCAGGAGCAAAAAGAGAGGGUAGAGAAGUCAGCGUUUGAGGAGCUGGAGAGGGCCCUGAGUGCAGCGCAGAAGUCUGAGGAGGCUCGGAGGCAGCUGCAGGUUCAGCUGGAGGAGCAGGUGAAGGAGGUGGAGCGACCCGGGUGA